GUCAGGUUUGGUUGUGGAGCUGAAACCGGUAACCGAGCACUCCACAGCACGUUGUGAAGCCGCUACUGGUGAUUCAAAGAAAUCACUUGUUUCUAAAUCCUCCACGUUUUUGAAAAUUAACCCACUGAGAUUUCCAGUUGACCAAAGAAAUGGUGAUGGAGAAGCCAAGUGCCCAGCUGGUCGGGCGAGAGUUUGUCCGACAGUAUUACACACUCCUGAACCAGGCGCCCGACUACCUGCACAGGUUUUAUGGAAAGAAUUCGUCCUACGUUCACGGCGGUUUGGACAACAACGGCAAACCAGCUGAGGCUGUUUAUGGACAAUCUGAGAUCCAUAAGAGGGUAAUGGCUCUGAGUUUCCGCGACUGUCACACUAAGAUCCGACACGUUGACGCUCACGCGACGCUGAACGAGGGCGUGGUGGUGCAGGUGAUGGGAGAGCUGUCCAACAACAUGCAGCCCAUGAGGAAGUUCAUGCAGACCUUCGUUCUGGCACCAGAGGGAACUGUUGCGAACAAAUUCUACGUUCACAACGACGUGUUUCGUUACCAAGACGAGGUGUUCGGAGACUCCGAUUCAGAGCCUCCAGAAGAGUCUGAGGAUGAGGUGGAGGAGAUCGAGGAGAGGAUCCCCUCCCCCGACAUCGCUCAGGAGGACUCGGCUCCUUUCUACGACCCCACACCCUGUUCAGAACCGACGGCCCCCGGAGACGAUGAGGAAGUUGCAGCGAGUCCAGAACCAGAACCUGAGGAGGAGAAGGAGGUCGAGGUCGUGGAGCUGAAGCCUGAAACGCCGCUGGAGACGCAAACGGAAACAAACACAUCGGACGAGCAGACGGAGAAAAGCCCGGCCGCCGCCCCCCCCACAGCUGAACCCAUCACCACCGAACCAACACCUGCCGCUCCAGAAGAAAACAGGCAGUUCUCCUGGGCGUCCGUCACCAGUAAGAAUCUUCCUCCCAGUGGAGCCGUUCCAGUUUCAGGGGUCCCUCACGUCGUCAAAGCCCCCACAGCACCGCCGAGAGCCGAGGUGAAGUCAGAGACUCAAACAGCAGCAACGAGACCACAGAGAGACCAGAGACCGAACAGAGAACAGAGACCAGGAGGACCUCCACCAGUACACAGAGGACCCAGACCAGUGCGGGAAGGAGAGCAAGGAGAGACGGAGAGUCGGCGCGUGGUUCGAUACCCCGACGCCCAGCAGCUGUUUGUGGGGAACGUUCCUCACGAUGUGGACAAGACGGAGCUCAAGGAGUUCUUUGAGCAAUAUGGUACAGUCCUGGAGCUGAGGAUCAACAGCGGAGGGAAACUUCCAAACUUUGGUUUCGUGGUGUUUGACGACUCUGAACCCGUUCAGAAGAUCCUGAGCAACCGGCCCAUAAUGUUCCGAGGCAGCGUGCGUCUGAACGUUGAGGAGAAAAAGACCCGUUCGGCUCGGGAAGGUGACCGACGGGACGUCAGGCCUCGAGGUCCUGGGGGUCCUGGAGGUCCUAGAGAGAGGAUCGGAGGUGGAGGAGGAGGCGGAGGAAGAGGAGGAGGAGGAGGCCCCCCCACCCGAGGAGGCAUGGCACAGAAACCCAGCUUCGGCUCUGGACGAGGAGCGGGGCCCAGCGAGAGUCGCUACCCCAACCCGCGCCAAUAAAAGGCUCUUUCAGCGGCCCCCCCCCCCCCCAAAACCCCUCCAACCUGAGUUAGAUUUACUCUCUGGAUUCAACUGCAGCAGGAAGCAAUCGGACGACAAGAUAAACGUAUUACUUUACAUCGUAGGAGUACAAAAACAUGAGUCCAGUCAUUUUAGGACACACACACACACACACACCAACACACACACACACACACACACACACACCAACACACCAACACACAAACACACACACACACACACCAACACACACACACACACACACCAACACACACACACACUGGUUCUUCCACCUGAGUAACUUAUCAGUUUUGGUUGAGAGCUCUCCACAUCCCCCCCCUGAAGAUGGCUUCUUCCUCUUCCUCACCCUCCUCUUCCUCCGCCUCCUCUCUUUUUGUUUACCCCUCUCUCCUCCUCCACCAACACAUGUAUUAUCUGGACUUUUUUUUUUGUCUUUAUUUUUUUAGUUUUUUCCAUUGCUGAACUUGAAUUCAUUAAAGAAACAAACACGCAAACACACGAGAAAAAGGGUAAAUACUACUUGAAUUGGGGAUUAAAAAACCCAGAGGUUAGGUUUUUUCGCGUUCUCUCUCCCUGUUUCUUAAAGGAACGUGUACUUUACUGCUUGGGCAAUCCUGUGUAUUGCUGCCACCGUUGUACCUGGCGAUGGAUCUGUCUUAUCUUUUUAUUCUAUCAGGUCAAGAGCUGAACUGUCGUGGUUUUUAUUUGAGUAAUGUUGGCUUGUUAAACAUGUGACAGACGGACAUCCGAGCGGAGCGUGUUUCAGAUCAUGUAUCAAAAAUCCUGUCAGGCUUCUUUACCGAUGCACUUCAUUUGUCAUCACGUUUAAAACAAGCUCACCUGCCGAUGAGAGAACUAAAUUAAAAGUGAUUUACUGUUUUAAAA